GGAGACUGGCUAGACAUAAUCGACUAGUGCGAUUAUGUCGGACAUUUAUGGGAGUCAUGAACAUGUUACAUAAUUGUCGAGACACAUCGUUAUCAGCAUCGUUACAUGUACCAAAAUUCUCUUCGAUCUUUGCAACCAAGCGUCUUCUGUUAUUGUGUAAAGUGCUUUACUACCGAACGGUCUAGCUGGAUAGAUAGUGGCGCCAUAAGAAUGGAAAAGUUUCUUGUUCUUUUCGUGGUUUUUGUCGGGUUGUUGGCAGGUAAGAAGCACACUAGAGUAUACUGGUAAAUCUUUUCUUUACAAAAUAAUUCACAAACUCCCCAAACAGUCGCCAGCGGAUCUGUGGAACAUCCAAAGAUUGGCAGAUUGGGCCAAUUUUGGGAACGAUGUCAAAACAACACUGAAUCCGAUGGCGUGCUCAUCGGUGCUUACCGAUCAGUAAGAAUGGGUGAUCAUUGCGUGAGAAGAAUAGAAUUUGAAGAGCUGUGGAGCGACCUGCAGUUGAUAACCAACGAGACGCGUAAAUCAUUUUUUGAAGAAUACUGUCCACAACUGCGAAUGUUUAACAUCUGCUUGAGCGCAAUAGUGGACAACUUAAAACCUUGCUAUAAAGAAAUUGAGUACAACGUUCCUCGAGAGUUAGCAAGCGUUGUUCCGGCUGCGGUAGAGCUGUUAUGCAAGGAUGAUGGAGAAAUAUUCUUCAGAGCGAUUGAUUACGGCCAUCGAAUGGAGUGCCUUCGGGAUUGGGACGCUAAGGUGAAGGGUUGUUUCACAAUUUUUGAAGAGAUGCAACCUGUUUAUUCCUUCCUACUGACCCAAGAGCAGUGCAGCAUGUUUACUAGUUUUCGACAGUGCUUGAACGAGAAGAACGAGCGAGCAGAGGAAGGAUGCCAAAUAUCGCCUGUGGCGACCAUAUAUGAUCUGUUUUAUAAUGCCUUAUUCCGUUCGGGAGGUUGUCGUAAUGCAUAAGCAAUCUAGCCCUGGGGGUGGCGCUACCAUGUAUGAUGAAAAUGGACAAUAAACCGAUUUCUAUUAUGCAUCGAACCCGAUGAACUAUAAUAAAUUGAGUUUGUUUGAGAAAAUAUUACUUAUAAAAAUUACAUAACU